AUGAGCGGCAGACAAUGCAUCACCAGAUCAAUCCUCUUCUCCCCCACCCGGCAUGCUGAGCCAGUCCGCCCAUGCCUUUCUCAACUUCGAGCACAGGUAUGGCAGCUUCGUCUGCCAGCCAUCCCCCAACCUCAGAUUCGCUGCUAUGCGGGGCCUCCAUCGAGACCUGGACCCUUGGUCUUCGGAGUAGGGGCGCCUGGAAGGGGCCCGCCUCCCCGACGGCGGGAACAGGGACCUCGUCGAGGCAGGCCCCGAGACAAUCAAGACGACGAAAACCCCGACGAGGAACUGGGGUACGACCGACGCUACACAACCGCACAGUCGUUUGAGAAGUCGGGUCGGGACCGGCUCCCCCGCGACCACGAGAUCAAGGACCCGCGGAUCAUGGUUCUGGAGAACGGGCAGAUCGAGGGGCCCCUGGCGCCCCAGUUCGUCAUGUCGAAGCUGAACACGGCGGAGGAGUCGCUGCGGAUGAUACAGCCGUACUUCCCGGCAGACAAGGCCGCCGGCAAGCUGGCCCAGUACCCGGUGUGCCAGAUUGUGAAUAGGAAGGAGGAGCACCUGCGGGAAAAGGAGCUCAAGGUGCAGGAGAAGAAGAAGGCCGAGGAGAAGAUCAAGCGCAAGGAUGUGGAGCUGAGCUGGGGUAUCAGCGACCACGAUCUCAAGACCAAGAUGAAGCAGAUUGGCGGCUUUCUGCAAAAAGGGAUGAGAGUCGAAAUUAUACUAGGGAAGAAGAAAAGGGGCAAGAAGAUUGCUCGCGAAGAUUCGCUGUCAGUAUUGACGCAAGUCCGUGAGAAUCUUGAGGUGUUAGGGGCUCGACAUGUCAAGGCCGAGUCUGGGGAAGUUGGCGAGUUGGUGAGGAUGACAGUGGAGAAGAAGUGA